AGUAAGAGCCAGAGUUUGGCUGUCAAUCAUUCUCCGAGCACCAAUCGGAAAGCAAAACGAGGGAAUCUUUAUCACUCCCGAUGUAUCCAACGUGGGACGAAAGAACGUCUGGAUAAAAAGAAAGUAAAGUCCGGGAAGGGGAAAAACAAGCAGUUGAAACGGUCAGAAGUGCGAGGUGAAUUAGUGAAUUAUCGGAGUUUUCGGACCGUACGACGAGCUCAAGAUAAAAGCUUCCCAGUUCCUUUAAACCGCGCUCAAGGUUGCUGGAGAGAGAGAGAGAGAGAGAGAGAGAGAAGGAACAAACGCGAGCCGGAAAGUUCACAACAGUCGGACGGCUUUACUGGAACUGUUUUGCUUAAAACUGGUUUAUUAUUAUUCAUCAAUGUGAUCCAAACGCCUGCAUUCGCCGUUUGGAAACUUUAUAUCAAGUCCGUGAAGAGACGUGAGCCUCAAACUUUUUCUUUAGGAGUGCGGUUUUUCCUGAGGAAAAGUUUCUUUAAAGCGCCGGAGAUCAGAUUUUCUUUCAACACACUCGUAUGGAUUUAAUGGACACGAUCUACUAUGUUUUUACUUUUCAUAAUCACGAAUCACUUGGGAUCAGCACAUUAUAAAAACUUAAGAAACGCCGCUGACGAUUUAAACUCUUCAAACUAACGUACAUUUGAUCCGGUGGAUCUCUCUUGCCAAAACAAAGCGCCUGUCCAUCUCCCAUCCAGACCCCCUUUUCAACCUUUUAAGGACAACUGCAUUUAGUUUUGGCUUCUGGACAAGUUGUGAUUCACCUUUGAUUUACUUAACGUACGUGGUGGUGGAGCAGGGGAGUUAAAAUUUUACUGUGGACCUUUUUCAAGUGCAGGACUGAUGCAUUGCCCAAAAACAACGCAGUAUAAUUUGAUAUUACCGUUGGGUAAACAAACAACUUAAUGAAGGCGAAUUACUCGGACUCUGGGAAACUCAAUAGGUUCGAGCUGUCCGUUUGUGGAUGAGAGAGAUCAGUCGUUAAGCGCUGAGACAACUGGAUACAAGAUGGCGGUGUGGCUGGGACAGAUGGGAUCACUUUCAUAUCAUGUGUUUUAUUGGCUUUUGACACUGGGACUGUUAAUUAAUUAUAGCGCACCGUGUCCUCAAAACUGUACGUGUACGCUUGAUACAACCGACUGCAGUCAUUUAGACAUUACUGAUGUCCCUCAAGACUUGCCUAAGAGCACUGUGCAUCUAAAUCUGAGCCACAACAAGCUGGCAGCAGUCGAUAUGGACAUCCUCUCCAAUCUGCCCAACCUGAGAGAAGUGAGGCUUGAUCACAAUGAGCUAAAAUCCAUCCCUUCAUUUGGAGACGCAGCGGCAACAGUCGUUACUCUCUACUUGCACCAUAAUAAAAUCCGCAGACUGGAGGGGAGCCUGCUGCAGAACUUCACUGCUCUGGAGACUCUAGAUCUGAGUAAUAAUGACAUCACGGAGCUGAGAGAGCACUGCUUCCCUGCGGGGUUACAAAUCAAAGACCUGCACCUGAGCAGUAAUAAGAUUGUUCAUCUGGAGUUCGGGGCAUUUAAGAACCUCGCCGGGAGUCUGCAGAUCCUCAGAUUGAGCCGGAACCGAUUGACCCAGCUUCCUGUCAAAGGCCUGGAGCUGCCCAAGCUCACACAACUGGAGCUGAGCAGGAAUAAGUUGCGGUUGAUUGAGGGACUCACCUUCCAAGGUUUGAGCAGUUUAGAAGUUCUCAAGCUUCAGAGAAACAACAUCAGCAAGCUGACGGAUGGGGCGUUUUGGGGUCUGGCCCGGAUGAGAGUUCUGCACCUGGACUAUAACAGUCUGCGGGAGGUGAACAGCGGCUCUCUCUACGGUCUGGAGUCGCUCCUGCAGCUCUAUCUCUCCAACAACUCCAUCUCUAACUUUAACCCCGAGGGCUGGGGCUUCUGUGAGAGACUCCGAGAACUGAACUUGUCCUAUAAUAAUCUGACAAAGCUGUCUGAGGGUGGAUUUUCCAAACUAGUGAACCUGAACUCACUGCGUUUGGGACACAAUUCCAUCAGUCACAUCACGGAGGGAGCGUUUAGAGGCCUUAGUUCCCUACGGACGCUGGAGUUAGACCACAAUGACAUUUCUGGCACUAUAGAGGACACCAAUGGGGCCUUCACUGGCCUGGAAAACCUCAACAAGCUAACUCUGUUUGGAAACAAGAUCAAGUCGGUGGCCAAGAAAGCCUUCUCUGGCCUGGAGGCUCUGGAGCACCUGAACUUGGGGGAAAAUGCCAUCCGCUCCAUCCAACCCGAGGCAUUUAGCAAGAUGAAGAACCUGCGCUACCUUCAUAUUCAGAGUGAUAGUUUUCUGUGCGACUGCCAGCUGCACUGGUUUCCAGAGUGGCUGGUAACACGAGGGCUGAAGGCUGGCGUUCAGGCCACAUGUGCCCACCCAGAGAGCCUAAAGGGCACCAGCAUCUACCAGGCCCCAUCACAGAGCUUUGUUUGUGAUGACCUUCCCAAACCCCAGAUCACCGUUCACCCUGUCACCACGGCAGCCGUUUUGGGCAAAGAUGUGCGUCUGACCUGCACGGCCGCCAGCAGCAGCAGCUCGCCCAUGACCUUCACCUGGCUCAAGGACCAGGAGACGUUACGUCAAGCCGAGGUGGAGAAUUUCGCCCACGUGCGGGCCAGUGACGGAGGGGUGAUGGAGUACACCACUAUCCUCCACCUCCGGCAUGUCACCUUCAACCAUGAGGGCCGCUACCAGUGCAUCAUCAGCAAUCACUUUGGCUCCUCCUACUCUAACAGGGCCCGCGUCACUGUUAACGUGCUGCCUUCAUUUGUCAAGACCCCACGCGACAUCACGAUCCGGACGGGCACGAAGGCACGGUUGGAGUGUGCGGCUGAAGGACAUCCCACUCCCCAAGUGGCGUGGCAGAAAGAUGGUGGUACAGAUUUCCCUGCCGCCCGAGAGCGCCGCAUGCGUGUGAUGCCUGAUGACGAUGUGUUCUUCAUCAUGGACGUGAAGCCUGAGGAUAUGGGCGUGUACAGCUGCACGGCAAAAAACACAGCGGGCAUGAUCUCCGCAAACGUCACUCUAACAGUGCUAGAGACCCCUCAUCUAGCACAGGAAAUGGAGGAUCGAAAUGUUGUAGUGGGCGAGACUGUUGCAUUGCAGUGCAAGGCUCUAGGCAGCCCACCUCCUCGCAUCACCUGGCUAAAGGGGGAGGAGCCUCUGAGACCCAGCGACCGUCACUACUUCACUCCAGGGAAUCAGCUCUUGGUGAUCGGUAGCACCACCUUAGAGGACGCUGGACGCUACACCUGUGUCAUGUCCAACACGCUCGGCACGGAGCGAGCUCACUGCCAGCUCAACGUUUACCAGCGCUUUGAGGAAUGCGCGCCUUUUUCAAGCCCCAGCACUGUUACUGUGGGCAUCAUCGUCAUCGCUGUGGUGACCAGUAUUGUGGUGACAUCACUGGUUUGGGUGUGUAUUAUCUACCAGACGAGGAAGAAGAGCGAGGAGUGCAGUGUAAACACAGAUGAGACAAUUGUCCCUCCUGAUGUCCCCAGUUACCUGUCCUCUCAGGGCACUUUAUCAGAGAGACAGGACGUGUGCAUACGGGUGGAGUCCAAUGGUGGAUCUCAACCCAACGGACGCAUAGAAAACAAUGGCUAUGAUGGGCCAGUCGUGUGCACAGACUGCUUGGAAAAUGGCACCAGCUACUCCAAACACUGCAACUACCUCCCUCACGGGAUAGCGCCCCCUUCAGGCCUGGAGUAUCAGCAGACACACCAAACAUCGACUUUCACCAACCACAACAAUGAACCACACUGCAAUGGCACACCCAACGGGGUCAGGAAAGACAGCCAAACUCCCAUCUUUCCCACCAACCACGACAGGGUGACCGGAUCACCCUCGUCGCACCAGUACAGCGACAGAAAAGGAUGGUUGGUGAAUAGGUCAGACACACCUCCCUUACUUGAAGAGAGCUACCAUCGGCCAGUAAAGCUCCUGCCUGGGGACUGUGACAUCGGGUCCGAGCUCAAACAGACUCUAUUACCCAACGGACACGCACAUAUGGCAGAUGCCACCCUAAGCGAGAGCGAAUCCUUCAGGCGGGCCAGUGACUAACACCUCACCAACCCUCUUCUUUAUCCUUUUGCACUGAGAACUGCUACCUCACACUGAGGGGCACAGACAAAGCUGCCCCCAUCUAUCUGAAUGCAGAAUAGGGGCGUCCGGAGUUUGAAGGCGAAGCUUGAGUGGGAAGAUGACAUCCCAUACGAGCGAUAAUGAUGUAUAUAGAUAUAAUCCUCCUCAGGGAGGCUUCGUUCACACUUCAGAAAUGUGACUUGCAUUUGACGCAUGCAAAAUGUAUGACAGAGUGCUAUAACGUUGGGCUUUGAGCUGUACAUAAGAGUUUUCAUAUAUAAAUACGUGAAUGUAUGUAUUCUAUAACUUUUACAAAAGAGUGUUUAACUCUAUUCGGUGCAUGGUGAGAUCAGAGUGGAUAUGUUUUUUUUUUUUUUUUUUUUUUU